CCAACCCACUGCGCCACCGCGCCCCUAAAAAGACACUGAAAUCUCCUAAAUGCAUAUAUUAGUUGUGUAAUAUGGUUCGAAGAGAGGGCCUGAUGGUCAUAAUCUGUUUAAGGAGUUUGAUUGAAGCUUAAUCCGGACUGAGUCUUCUAAAUCUGCGCUCUUGGUAGUUAGAUCAACCAAUCAGGUUCUCUCUUAUUCAUAUUAGCACCUUUUUCUGGCAUCUUAAAUUUACAGUUACAUUUAUUGAUUUAGCAGAUGCUUUUCUCACUGUACAUCUCAUAGAAAUUCUGUAUAACUCCAGUUUACCUAUCCUCACAUUCUUUUUCACAUAUUUAACAUAAGGUGGAGCUGUGAAGGCUUGUGAAGCAGAUAAAAAUAUGAUGUUACACAUCAUAUCCACUGCCAUAAGAAAAAAGUUUUUGAAAGUCCGAAAAGCAUAGUUAGGUGGCGCAGCAGGUAGUGGUGCAGUUUCACAGUGGCUGGGCUGUUCAAGCAUAGGUUUGAAUCCAGCUCAGUCUGUGUGGAGAUUGCAUCUUUUCCAUUUGUGGGUUUCCUUUGGGUGCUCUAGUUUCCUCUCACCAUCCAAAUAAGUGAUUUGGAUGCACUGGAGAAUAUAAAUUAUCUGUGUGUGUAUGUGUGUUUGUGAUGGACUGUCCUGCCGUCCAGAGUGUACUUUGAGUAACUUCGUGUCUUCUGUCUCUGGGAUAGGCUCCGGAUCACCACGACCCUAGAUAAGUGGUUAUUGAAAGGGAAUGACAGAAGUAUUACUGAUUUAAAAAAAUAUAUAUAUUUUCUGCAGUUGGGUUGUAUCAUGUGUCUCUUUCACGGUUUCUGAUGGAGAGGAAACCUGCGAAGGUGACAAAAAGUGAAACAAAGCGGUCUCGCGCACCUUUUUUUUUGGAGUUGACAAUCACCAUAGAAACGCGGACAUAAAGGCACUUUGAGCGCGAUGCCCCGGGCUUCCUUUCACGGUAGUUUUACCCCACAAAGUGCUUCGUUCAUAUUUUCCCCAUGUACACGUACGUCCCGCGGAUGCGAAUGUGGCCACAUCAGUGUAUAUUGCUUUUAUGUGCUUAAGUGAUGUGCAGCUUUCCCGAGUUUAAGUAAUAUUCUGCCUUUUUCCACAAAAACAGCAGAGAUCAUAGUUAGAGCCGUCGCCUUAGACUAGUGGUAGAGCACGGGUUCCAAUCAUCGCUGUAACACAUGCAUCAUACCUGAGCCUUUUACCGGUAAAAAGCGGGUAAACCGUUUUAAAACUAGCUUCAUAAAUGUAACUUCGCAAAGCGAUUUGGGGGGGGGAAGCGCGGCAGCUGAAACGAAUCACCCAAUAAUAAUCACGCUCUUAUUGCAAUAAUUCCACGUAACGUAAUGUUAGUUUAAAAAAAAAAAAAAAAUCGCAUUAGAUUAGUACGCAAGUAGAGUUGGAAGAGUUCGCGAGAGAGCGUGUGUGUGUGUGUUGGGGGAGGGGUGUAUUUAAGUGCUCUAAUCGCCCUGUCCUCAAUCUCUGUCCUUCAGUCGCCGUCUGAGCGCCGCCGAGCUCGCAGUCACUCAUCUGCAGCGCGCGCCGUCUCCGCGAGCCACGAAAACCGGAUCCGCCGCGUGUCCUCGGCGCUCCGCCUCCCGUCGCGCGGGGCCACAUCGCCGUCUUCGCUCAUCGUUCCGCGGGAAAUCCGCGCUGAAAGCGCUGCGUGGAGGCGGACCGAGCAGAACCGAACCGAACCGAACCGGGGUCUCGAUGAGCGACUCGGAGCGCCCGGGCGGCGAGUCCAAGCUGGAGGCGGUUAUACAGAAGCUGGAGGAGAACGUGCUGUCUGAGGAGAAGCGCCUGACGGUGAGAGGCCCGGCCCAGGACGCCCCGCCGGCUACCUUGCCCGCGCGAAUACGAGAGAUCGUCACGAAGAACCUGGGCGACGAAACCGCCGGCGCCAUGUCCUCGGUUCUGUCGCUCCAGGAGGAGAACCGGGUGCUGCAGGGGGAGCUGGGCCGGCUGGAGGACCUGCUGGCCCACAGCCGGGCAGAGCGCGAUGAGCUGGCCAUCAAGUACAGUGCCAUCAGCGAGAGGCUGGAGCAGGCCCUACGUCUGGAGUCUGGAGAGAGGGAGCUCAGUUCAACGGAGUCUCGCAGUCUGGCGCAGCAGAACGUGGACCUGCGCAGACGCCUGGAUGAGGAGCAGGCGGCCUACAAGCGCAAGCUCACCGCCUACCAGGAGGGCCAGCAGCGGCAGGCCCAGCUGGUUCAGAAGCUCCAGGCCAAGGUGCUGCAGUACAAGAAGAGGUGUGGUGACCUGGAGCAGAGUCUCAUGGAGAAAUCCACUGAACUGGAACAGCACAAACUGAGCGGCAGCCCUCGGAAAGAAGAGGAGGAACCCGGCAGCGAUCUGGAGACCGCUCUCAUCCGCCUGGAGGAGGAGCAGCAGAGGAGUAGCAGCCUGUCUGCGGUCAAUGCCAUGUUGAGGGAGCAGCUGGAACAAGCGGGACAGGCCAAUGAGGCCCUGAGUCGGGAUAUUCGCAGACUCACCGCUGACUGGACUAAAGCCAGGGAGGAACUGGAGCAGCGGGAGUCUGACUGGAGGAGGGAGGAGGAGUCCUUCCACAGUUACUUCAGCAGCGAGCACAGCCGACUGCUCACCCUUUGGCGACAGGUGGUCGGGUUCAGGAGGCACGUCUUCGAGCUGAAGAAUGCGACUGAGCGGGACCUGUCGGAGAUGCGCAACGAGCUGGCACGGGUCUCCCAUUCCGCGCAGUCUUCCUGCGCGAGCGUGGCUGCGGACCUGCGCAGCCGGGAAGGGGGCGUGGCCGUGGCGCUGGAACGAGAGUCUGCACAGCGUGCGCAGCUGGAGCAACAGCUGCGAGACCGGGUGGCCGAGAUGAUGGCGCUGCAGGCCAGAUGUGAUGCGGAGAAGGUGGAGCUUAAUGCCAGGCUGAGCGAUGCUGUGCGUGAAGGUGGGAGGUUGAAGGCCCAGGGGGAGGAGAAGGACCGAACCGUGGCUACGCUUACCCAGAGACUGCAGGAGAAGAGCGGCGAAGACCACGCUGAGCUCCAGGCCCUGAGAGCACACACUGAAACCCUGCUACAGACCCUACGGGACUUGGCUCAGAUGUUGCUGGCGGACGGCGACGCGGGGGCGCUUCCUGACGCCGAGGGAGAGCGGGAAAGCCUGGAGCGCUCCCUGAUUCCCCUGCUCCGAGGUUCUUCCCCGCAUCGGCCCUCCUCGCCCUCGUCCCCCGGCCGCUCCCCGCCCCUCCCGCUGCCGGACGCCAGCCUCUCCGCCCUGCGCUCCUUGCUGGGGAGCAGGCAGCUCCAGCUGCAGGAGACCGGCGGACGCCUGCUGUCUGCGCAGUCUUCGGCGCAGCACUUGCGCAAGCAGCUGGGGGAGGCAGAGGCGAGUCGGCAGGAAGCGGAGCUGCGCAGCCAGCAGCUACAGGGCGAGAGGGACGGUGCGUACAGGGAGAGGGACACGGCGCUGCGGGAGAGAGACCGUCUGCGCCAGGACAGGGACACGCUGACCAGCGAGAAGGCCGACUUGGAGAAGGCGACGCAGGCGGCGCAGUCGAAGGUGCAGAUGUUGCAGAUGGACUGCGAGAAGCUGCAGCUCGCGGCGACGGCCGCGCAAAGGGAGCGGGAGCGCGAGAGGGAGGAGAAGGAGGCGGCCGUGCAGGAGAGGGAUCGCGCCAGGGCGGAGACCGAGAGAGUACAGAAGCAGUGGGAGCAGAGCGAGAGCCGUGCCUCCACCCAGCGCGGCGAGCUCUCUGCAGUGAGGGAGACCCAUCAGCAGGUGGCGGUGGAGAGGCAGGUUCUGGAGGGCGAGAAGGCUCAGCUCGCCGAGGCUCUGGCCAGGGCCGAGUCCGGCAACGCGGAGCUCGCCCUCCUGGUGAACAAGCUGCGCUCCGAGGAGGCUUCGCUCCGGGACUCUCUGGCUAAGAUGGGCAGUUUGAACGAAGGCCUUGCUCAGGACAAGUUGGACCUCAACUCCAUCAUCAUCCAGCUGGAGGAGGAGAAGAGUCACCUUGCGGCGCAGAAGCGGGAGGCGGAGCAGGAGAAACUGACCAUCCGGGAUGAGCUGGUGCGUUUGGAGCAGGAGCGGCUGGAGCUGGAUGCUGCCCGUCUGGCCCUCCACCAGUCGCUGCAGGAGAUGGAGCUUGGCAGGGUGGGCCUCGAGGCGGAGCUCCAAACUCUCCGGGCAGACCGGGCAAAGCUGCAGGACAAAGUCACGCAGUUGUGCGGAGAGGUCAGCGCGCUGGGGGCCGAGCUGGACGCGGCCCGCGGCGAGGGACGGCGCCAGGGAGCGGCCCUGGAAGAGGCGGGCCGCAGCCGGGCAGAGUUGGCCCGGGAGAAAGCGGGACUGGUGGUGCAGCUCACCGCCUCCGAACGAGAGAAUGCAGCCCUGACCGAGGAGCUUGCCGCCUUCAGGUCAGAGAGGGAGGCGCUGGAGACCAGCCUGUUUGAGGUGCAGCAGCAGCUGGUGCAGCUGGAGUCCCGCAGGGAGCAGCUGGAGUCUGAGAACCAGGCCCUCCGACUGGGCAAAGAGACCACCAGCGCGGAGCUGAAGCGGGUACGGGUGGAAGGGGAGCAAGCCCUGGUGCAAAGUGAGAGAGAGCGGGAGAGUCUGGUGCAGGCGCUCACUCUGGCCAGGCAGGAGGGGCAGCAGGCUUUGCGGAAUGCCUUGAGCGACCAUCAGGAGGAGAUCGAGAGGCUGGCCUCCGAGAAGGAGGCGCUAAGGCGGAGGCUGGAGGCCGAACAAGAGGAGGUGGCUCGGCGUCUGCGCCAGGAAGCGGAGGAAGCGCUCCUCAAGGUGGAACGGGAGCGGGCGGAGCUGACGGCCGAGCUCAGCGCCCUGCAGCACGACAGGGAGCAUCGCCUGCUGCAGGCCGAGAGCGACAAGCAGCAGGCCCUUUCGCUCAAAGAAGCGGAGAAGGCCAUGCUCUCGGAGAGGGUGUCUGCGCUCCAGGUGGAGCUGAGCACGGCUACGCUCGAGGUGGACCGGCUGCGUAGAGAGGCUGCCUGCUGCAAAGAGCAAGAGAGGGCCGCCGUGGGCGCUCUGACUGCGGAGCUGCAGGAGCUGCGCUCUCAGAUGGAGGAUACGGCUAAUGCGCACUCCCGUGACCUGUGCAGGCUGCAGGAGAGCUCCGCAGACUCGAAGACGCAUGCGGACAACGCCCUGAAAGAGCUUGAUGAGUGCCGGGCAGCCCUUUCCGCCAGCGAGGAGGGUCGCGACUCGGUGAGGCGGGAGUUGCUCGAGUCGGAGAAGCGCCUCUGUCAGUACCGAGAUGCCAGGGAAGGGCUGCGGCGGGAUGCUGCGGAGCUGCGACGAGCUCUGGGGGACGUCACCAAGGAGAGGGACACUCUGCGCCUGUCCAACAGCCAGCUGAGGGAGACGCUGAGAGCGGCCGAGAGUGAAAGGAUCAGCACAAAGCGCCAGUGUGAGGAGAAGGAGCAGAGGUUGGCGGUGCUGGAAGAGAGCCUUGGGUCGGCGCAGAAGGAAGUGGCCGAGCUGCGGAGCUGCCUCCGCGAUGUCGAGAGGUCGCGGCUGGAGGCGCGUCGGGAGCUGCAGGAGCUGCGCAGACAGGUGAAGGUCCUGGAUGGGGAGAAGGAACAGCGGGGCCGAGAGGUGGCCGAGCUACAGGCGCGAAUCUCCGUGGACGAGCAGAGGGAGGAGGAGAGGAGCAGAGAUGUGUUUGCGCUCAAGCAGAGGCUGGCCGAGGCGGAGACGGCGAGAAACACCCUCAAGAAGGAGCUCUCCUCCCUGCAGCGCCGGUUGGCAGACUCUGAGUCAGGCUGGCGCGGCUGUGAACGGGAGCUAUCUGCGCAGCUGCAGGAGGCUCGCGGCUGCGAGAAGAAGCUCCAGGAUGAGGCUCGAAACCUGGCGGUUCGGGCGCAGGCAGCGCAGGAAGGGGCAGCGCAAGCGAGCCUGCAGCUGAGCGAGGCCCAGGGCCGUCUGGCCGCCACAGAGGCCGAGCUGAGCCGCUCGGAGGCCCAACGCAAAGAGCUGGAGUUCCGCCUGGGCAGCCUGCAGUCAGCGCUGACCCGCACUCUCGGCAUCAGCGCGGGGGGCAGGGUGAGCUCUGCUGGCGGAGGCCGAGGAAGGAGUCCGUCAGGAACCUCCCCUGGACCGCAAUCGCUCCCACGCCACCGCAGCACGUCCCCCUUGCGGAGGUCCAUCUCUCCCUCCAAAGGUUGGGAGGAGUUAGGCAGCAGCGGGAGCCCAGAGAAGGGCUUGGGCUCGGGCUCCAGGCCCAUCUCUCCUGAGCGUGGUGACACUCCUUUGCCCCUCCCCAUUCCGGAGCUGGACCCCGAGACCUUGCGCAGCGGCUUGAGGGAGUUCCUGCAAGAGCUGCGGGAGGCACAGAGGGACAGGGACGAGGCGCGGUGCCAGCUGGGGGCUCUGCAGCGGCAGCUGGAGGAGGUGUGCGGCGAGAGGGACUCGGCUCAGGCGAAGCUGGCGCAGGUGCACAGCGUGCUCUCGGAUUGCCAGGAGGGGAAGCGGGAUGCGGACGGACGCCUCGCUUCUGCGCAGAUGGCACUGCAGCAGCAGGAGGAGGUGCUGCGUAGGGGUGAGCGGGAGAGGAGGGCGCUGGCCGACAGGGUCAAGGAGCUGGAGAGAACUGUGCAAAGCGCCGAGGCUGAGAGGCGACACAUGCAGGAGCAGCUGAACAAGUCGAAGGCGGCGGAGGCACGCCUAGAGGCGGAACGCAGGAAGUUGCGGGAGGCCUUGGAAGCGGCGGAGGCGCGGGCUACCCGCCUGGAGGUGGUGCGCCGUGGCCAGGAGGGGGAGCUGCAGAGGUUCAAGCUGAGCCUGGGGGAACGUGAGGCCGAGAGCCGCGCCUCGCAGGAGCGCGUGGACGCCAUGCUCAAACAGGUGGCUGAGGGCGAAGGGCGUGCCGCAGCCCUUCAGAGGGAGGUGGAGAGACUCACCGUGGCACUGAGCAAGGCGCAGGACAACGAGGCGGCACUCAAGGAAAAGACCCAGAGCCUGACGCAGAGCCUGCAGGAGGCGACGGCGGCCCACAGCGCCACCCAGGGGCGCCUGAACGCCUUGCAGAAAUCGCUGGGCGCCGCUGAGCAGGACCGCCGACUGCUGCAGGAGCGCGUAGACGCUGCCCGGCUGUCUCUCGUCGAGGGGAAGCGCAACUUGGUGGCGCUCAGCGAGCGCGUCGAGAGCCUGCAGGCGGAGCUGGCCCAGAGCGAGCUGCGCAGGGAGGAGGCAGAGGCCGAGCUCACCCGCACGCAGGAGCUCCUGCGGCAGCGGCUCGCCAGCCUCGCAGAGGUGCAGCGCGGCGCGCAGGCCGCGCAGGCGGAGCACGCUGCCGUGGAGGAGCGCCUGCGCGCCCUGCAGAGAGCUGUGGCCCAGCUGGAGACGGAGAAAAGAGAUGCGGAGAGGCAGGCGGUGCGGCUGGAGAAGGACAAGACCGCGCUGAGGAACACCCUGGACAAGGUGGAGCGGCAGAAGCUGAAGACGGAGGAGGGCAGCAUGCGGCUGUCCGCAGAGAAAGGCCGCCUGGACCGAUCGCUUAACACGGCUGAACAGGAGCUGCAGGAUGCGCAGCGGCAGAUCGCGCUGCUUCAGGCCCAGCUCUCGGAAAUGGAGCAGUCCCACAGCGCCAGCGAGAGCUCCAUCCGCCAGAAGGAAGAGGCCCAGAGGGAAGCGGAGAGGCUCAGGGUGGCCAACAGGGAGAUGGAGCGCACGUUAGCGGCGAGAGAGAGAGCACACCGGCACCGGGUCAAGGGGCUGGAGGAGCAGGUUUCGACCCUGAAGGAGCAACUGCAGCAGGAGAUGAGGCGCCGCCAGCUUCCUCUGCCCCCAUCCCUGCUCUCUGGGAGUAACUAAUGUGCCUGCUUCCCUGUUGGGGUUCAGUAUCCCAGAGCACUAGCGCUGGCAGUCUAAACCAAAACUCUGCAUCCCUCAAAGACGCUCCAUGCAGCAUCCAGACACUGGUCUAGUGCAAAAUAGUUCUAGUGGAUGAUCACAGUACUUAAGUACCUUGUGUUUGUAAUCAUUUUUAAACUGUUUUUAACACAUUAUAGAUUUUAGAUCGCACAAGUAUGAUUGUUUUUAUAAAUGUGAAUACUUCCUUCGGCUGGUACUGUCAAAUUCCUAACGUCAGGAAAUUAGAAGGUUCACAGUCAUGAUAAUGUAAAUAUGGUCAUAGACAGGCUAAAGAGUGAAUUAUUUUUGUAUGCAUGUCUGAAGACACUGGAGAUGGACAGACUAAGCAUGAUUGUGGCCCCGCUUACCGGUGCGCACGUUCACUAUACAUGCUGCCGAUUUGCUGUCUGCGCACUCAGCAGAUGGACACGACUGGCCGAGUCGCACCGCGUCGUCUCCAACUUGGAGGAGAACACGUUGGGGUUUCUUUCAUCAGUAUAAUAACCCUGUGGAGACACUCAAAUGUCACUCCCUGUUAACACUUAUUCCUGGCCACACAGUGAGGAAUUUUUCUCUGGACUGUCCUCAACUAGCCUGUCUCUUAUCCUCCACUUACUUUACCUAA